CUCAAGUCCAAGGCCGCCUUCAGCAGCUGGACCAGCGACCUGUCGUUGCACCCGAUGCAAGCUCUUCCAAUACCUCCGAUCACCUUGAAGCAUUGGAGAUGGACGUUGGUUCCCUCCAAGACAGCGCACAGUUACAGCAGACCACAACGCAACAGUGGCAGAAGCGGAUCUGUACCACCGCCAAUACCUCGAGUUCGGAGCCGCGCGAUACAGCUCCAAAGUUUGACAGGCAGGAAAUCUUUUGCGACUCGACCAAGACAGAUCCGAUUCCAUGGUUCCGCAAGUUCAAGCUCACGCUGCAGCGCCACAACGUCAAUGAACACAAGCACCACGCAUACUUGUACUCUCGCUCAGGGGGCGCGUGCCAGGCUUGGUUGGACAAUCUCUUGUCCAAGUACGGAGUGGUAGCUGCCGACUUGCACACCAAGAUCAGUUGGGAUGAUCUGAAGGCGGCGUGGCACAAGCGGUUCCAAGUCGAGCCGCCGGAGAUCAAAGCUAUGGACAAGCUCAUGGUCUUCGAGCAAGGCACGUUGCCGAGUACCGACUGGAUCGCCGAGUACCAACGCUUGACAUCAGUCCCAGACAUCCACAUGGGCUUCAAAGCCAUCUGCCACCAUUUCAUCUCAAGGUCAUGUCCGACAUUAAGCAAUGCCCUGACUCACGUCAAGGACACCUUGACGACGACGGCGGAACUUUUUGACGAGGCCGAGCAGAUCAUCAUUACGAGCAAGGAGGCAAAGAAUCUUCGUUCGUCUGCGGUAGGCCCGAGUAGGGACCAGCAUCGACCAAGAGUGGCCGUGGUCGCAGCGGCAACGCCGUUGGACCAAACCAGCAAGGCCGUGUCUGCCAAUGAAGAGGACAAACUCGCAGCCGCCCGGGAAGGUGGCCGCCCCGGCAGAGGUCGAGGACGCGGCAAGACGAAUACACACACCGCAUUUAGCCCCAGGCGCGGCGCAGCAGCUCCAGCCCCUUGGUCCCAAUAUGGCAUCUCCGAGCAAGCGUUCAAGGCGCGCACGAGAUUCCACUAUUGCCUAUGAUCAUUCUUGAGGCCGGUGUCGUGCCGCCGAAAGGUUGUCAUCUAUCGGAUGAGCGAGGAGGAGCUUGAGGUCCUCCGCGCACAACUCGACGAUUUGUUGACCAAGGGCUGGAUCCGCCCUAGUAGCUCCCCAUAUGGACCACCAGUUCUCUUCGUUCGAAAGAAGAACAAGGAUCUGCGAUUGUGUAUCGACUACCACAAGCUCAACGCGCACACCUUCGAGAAUGCGGGGCCUCUUCCUUGCAUCGAUGAUCUUCUUGAGCGAUUGGGCGGCGCAAAGUAUUUUUCUAAGUUGGAUAUGAAAUCGGGAUAUCAUCAAAUCUCAAUUCGGCCGAACGAUCGCUACAAAUCCGCGUUUAACUUGAAGACGCGGUACGGGCAUUUUGAGUGGGUGGUCAUGCCUUUUGGCCUCACCAACGCCCUAGCGACCUUUCAAGCGGCAAAGACGAAUGAGUGUCGUGCAAUGUUGGACCGGUUCGUGUUGGUCUACUUGGACGAUAUUCUCGUCUAUAGUCGGUCAUUGGAGGAUCAUCUUGGGCAUCUUCGACGAGUGUUGGGGACGCUCCGCCGCGCCAAGUACAAGGCCAACCGCGACAAGUGUGAAUUUGUCCGGCAAGAGCUGGAAUACUUGGGCCAUUUUGUCACACCAGAGGGCAUCAGUCCGCUAUCGGACAAGAUUAAAGUCAUCCAAGAGUGGUCGGAGCCUCGGAACGUCACGGAUGUCCGCUCGUUCCUUGGUCUCGUCGGCUACUAUCAGCGUUUCAUCAAAGGUUACUCGAAGAUCGCGGCCCACUUGACCAAGCUUCAAUGCGAGGAUCGGUCAUUUGACUUCGGAAAGGAGGCGCGGGUAUCAUUUUUGGCUCUCAAAGCCGUGCUAUUAUCUGCGGAGGUGUUGCGGAUAUACGACCCGCUUUUGCCUACGUGCAUCACUACGGAUGCGUCAGGCUAUGGCAUUGGUGCAGUCCUUGUGCAACAUGAUGGUAUGGACUGGCACCCGGUCGAGUAUUUCAACAAGAAAGUGCUUGUCGUGCAUUCCAUUGACGAUGCACGCAAUAAGGAGUUCCUCGUCUUCGUCCACGCGCUCAAGCGGCGGCGGCACUUCCUCCUUGGUCGAAGCCAAUUCUGGUGGGUAACGGACAACAAUCCGUUGGUUUUCUAUAAGACCCAAGACACCGUCCACAGCACCAUCGCUCGAUGGAUGACUUUCAUCGACCAGUUCGACUUUUUUCCCAAUCACAUUCCCAGGAAGUCGAACCGUUUUGUGGAUGCUCUUUCACGGCGUCCAGAUCAUUGUACCACGGUCUACGCAACCUUUGAGAUCGACGAUGAUCUGCGGAACAGUUUCAUCCGCGGCUACCAAGCGGACCCCGAGUUUCGCGAUAAGUACGCAAAUUGCUCCUCUCCUAAUUCGGCGCCUUCUCACUACCGGAUCCAAGAGGGGUACUUGCUUGUCCACACAUGGGGGAAGGACCUUCUUUGCGAACCGAGUGAUCCUCACUUGCGUACACGGCUUCUUGGCGAGUUCCACGAUGCUCCCGCCACCGGACACUUUGGAGUCAAUCGCUCGAUUGACCGACUUCACGAGCGAUUUUGGUGGCUCAUCCUUCUCGGCGACGUCACGCGCUAUUGCGAGUCAUGCGAGGUUUGCCGACGCUGCAAAUCCCGCAACCAUCAUCCGUACGGCGAGUUACGACCAUUACCGGUCCCGUUGAGGCGAAGGGAAGCGAUUGCCAUGGACAUUACCGGCCCGUUUCUCCAAGCACAAGACCGGCGUGGAUGAGAUUCUCACGGUGGUCGGCCGACUCACCAAGUUUACCAUGUUUUUGCCUUGCCGCUAUCAUGCCAAGGCACCGGAGUU